AUGGCCGACAUCAUGAACCCGGAGACGCAGACGUUGCAGGAGCAGACCCACCCACUCAUCGAUCUUGACGAGCGGGCGCCAAUCCCUCGGCUCUAUCAGAACAACUCCUUCCUAGCCAACUAUAGGUCCAAUCCAUUUCCUUGCAAUCCCAACAACCCAUUCUGGAAGCACCCAGCAAAGCUGGACAACCAGUUGACUACCCAGCAGAACUCGCAGCAGCAGGACACCCGGGAGGAAGCAAAGAACAACAGGGAGAUGGGUGGAACAGACGAGUUGCCCAUGGAGUGGUGUUUUCCCCCUGGGCACUUCCGCGGCCGCUAUUCGACGAUGCCUAGCGAGGCCGGCUCCUACGACUGGAGCGACCUCGACCAUUUGGCGUGCCAACCGUCAAACCCAAAGCUUCCCCUCCCCACAGCAUUUACAGACAAAGAGGACAAUGUGGAGCCAUACAUUGACCGGACGGCAUACUUCAUUGAGUUGCACAACAAUCGCUUCCGUGAAAACACUGAUCAGGUUUAUUUGUUCCUCCAAGGUUGCACGGGCACACUCGGUCAUCCAUGGGCUGCGGGCAUCAUGCGAUUGUACCUCAACAAGCACCACAAGGACGUCGUGCGGCCCCAGGUUGCCACCCUCCAGCAGGUCAUCAUGCGCUUCCGCAAGCGCUUUGGCAUCAUUGACAAGAAACGCUAUGCUCAGGCCAAGUUUGAACGUCUCCAGCAGGGUUCCCAGAGUAUCCGCAACGACGUAGCUGCCUUUGAGCAGCUCGAGUUAGAGGUGGGGGCUGUGGUUGUCCAAAAACUAAGUAAAUCAUAA